UCAUACAAAACGGCAGUCGCUCGCUCGCUCGCUGGCCUCUCGCUGUUCGCAGUUCGCUCGUUGCCUGUACGCUUCGCUUUGCCUGUUCUUUGCCUUUCGGUCGGAGGGGGAAGGCGCUGUGGUCGUGGUCUUGCCGUCAACGGUCAAUAGCGCGCCCACACGCCUAUAAAAAGAAUUCUGUUCGUGUCGCUUGUGUAUGUGUUUGUGCGUGCGUGCGUUUGUGCGUUCGUGAGUGUAUUAGUGAAAACUGCCAAAGCGGCGCUGCAAAGUUUUUGAAAAACCGUUAACGCCAAGCCAUGAAGGAAAUGAAGGUAGCGCGAGCGAUUAGCGAAUCCUCGACCACCUCCGAUAAUACAUCCGAUUUUAUUGACAUUGUCAAGAAGUACGAUGUCGUCUACAACAAUCAUAAUCCCGAUUAUAAAAACGUUGAGGUGAAGAUGAAGGUCUGGACACAAAUAGCGGACGAGAUUGGAUUAUCUGUGGAAGCCUCAAAGCGAAAAUGGAAAAAUCUACGCGACAGCUAUACAAAGUAUUUGCGCUCUUUUCGUGUUGGCACAAAAACCUCCAAGAAAUAUCAGUAUUGGGCGCACGCCGAUCACAUGGAGUUCCUGAAGCCUUUCCAGGGACCUGGCAGGAAUUCGGCGAAUGGGAAUGGCAAGUCGAAUGAUGAGGAUGACACCGAAUGCGACUUUGGGUAUCAGGUGCUUGCCAAGGCGGCCAGCAAUGGGGGCGAGGAGGAUCUGAAGAUAACCAUAGCCACGGCCACGGCGACGGCCACGGCAUCGACCUCGGCGCUGAGCACCCAAACCGUCAACAGCUACACAACCCCAAUACUGACGCCCAGCGUGGCAGCCACGCCGCCCAGCCUCAUCUCGCCCGGCAGCAAUCCCGGUGCGCCGCCCCAGAACCACAACAGCAACAGCAAUGGCAGCAAUGGCAACUGUGCCGCAGUCGCUCCACUGACCCUCAGCGCCAUGACACCGCCAGCCAACAGCAGCAGCUCGAAUAGCGGUGUGCUGCCUCUGCCCGCCUUGCCGCUCAGUGCCGCUGGCAAGGCUUCGGUGGCGGCCUCGGUUAGUGCCAACGCGGCGGCGUUGGCAACGCUAGCUAGUCUGCCCAUGGGCAUUGGCGGUCUGCCGGCUGCAGCGGCUGCUGCGCAAAUGUUUCCGCUGGCUACGCUGAAAGCGGCCGCAGCUGCCGCUGGACUGCCGCUGACGUCCACGCCCAACUGCAGCACGGCCAAUAAUGUGGGCUGUUUGAUUAUCGAGCCGCAUCUGUUUGCCGCCGCGGACAACUUCAAGAAGGAGCUGAGUGCGGCUGCCGCGGCCGGCGCGCCGCUGGGUCUGUUCCAGAAUUUGGCCAAUCGACAUCAUCUCAAUGGUAAUGCUGCAUCGUUGGGGCUGGGCAAUCCCACGCCACCGCCGCCACCUCCGGCGCCGCCCAGCUCAAAGGUGCGGCGGGCACAGCCCUCGCCGCAGACCGCUGCCAUUAAUCUGAGCUGCCCGAGCUCAUCGGCAGCAGCGGCGAACUGCUCUCAGCCCUCACCCGCCAAGACGCGCAAGAUGAGCGAUCCGCGAUUUCCCAGCGAUUGGGAUGUGUCCGCUGUGCUGCAGGCCAAUCGGGAACUGGACGCCAAUACGCUGUUCUUUCUCAGUCUGGCGCGACAGGUGCGCGCCAUGCCCAUGAAGUUCCAGUCGCUGGCCAAGAUGCGCUGCAUGCGCAUCGUCAGCGACAUUGAGCUCGAGCUGGAGAACUUUGACUGCAACGGCGUGCCGCCACCCGAGGAGUCGGGCAGCACAGCUAAUCUUAAAUACUGUACCGACACGCCGCCUCCACCGCAACAGGAUGGCUCAGCGCUGAUGGCAGCGCCGGGAAUGGGGCCCGAGGGCUCCACGGAACACUUUGUAUAUGUGAUGUCGCCGUCGCGCGUGGAGAGCAUGAUCGACAUUUCCUCCGACGAGGAGAGCAAUAUGAACGGAGGAUUGAGUGCGGCUGCCGCUGCUGGUGCAGCCGCCGCCGCUGCAGUUGCCGCGGGAGCUGUCCAUUGAGGCGCAAAUCUCUGGCUACCUUGCUUAUAAAUACUUACAGAUGUAUUGUUAACCUUAAGUAAACUUAAUUA